AUGGCAACAUGGGAGAAUGUUGGGGAGGUGGCAAAUGUGGUCCAGCUGACGGGCCUUGAUGCAGUGCGGUUAAUAGCCAUGAUAGGUAAAGCUGCAAGUACGGCACGGAUGCACAAGAAGAAUUGCAGGCAGUUUGCACAGCAUUUGAAGUUGAUUGGGAACUUAUUGGAGCAGUUAAAGAUCUCGGAGCUGAAGAAGUAUCCAGAAACACGGGAGCCAUUGGAGCAGCUUGAAGAUGCUUUGAGGAGAAGUUAUCUUUUGGUCAAUAGCUGUCAGGAUAGGAGCUAUCUUUACUUGCUUGCAAUGGGGUGGAACAUUGUUUAUCAAUUUAGAAAAGCACAGAAUGAGAUUGAUCGGUACUUGCGGCUUGUUCCUCUCAUUACCCUGGUGGACAAUUCUCGAGUCCGGGAGAGACUGGAAGAUAUUGAAAGGGAUCAACGUGAGUACACAUUCGAUGAAGAGGACAGAAAGGUGCAAGAUGUGAUUCUGCAACAAGAUUGCUCAAGAGAACACACCACAAUGUUGAAAAAGACUCUCUCUUGUUCCUACCCAAACAUGUGUUUUAAUGAAGCUCUAAGACAGGAAAGUGAGAAGCUCCAACUUGAACUACAAAGAUCGCAAGCUCAUUUGGAUGUGAACCAAUGUGAAGUAAUUCAACGCUUGAUUGACGUCGCAGAAGCUGCUGCUGCAAAUUCUGUUCCAGAGAAGAGUUCAUCAACAAAACGUUCUAAGAAACUGGAGCCUACAAAGUCAGAUGCUAGUGAGAAAAAACCCUCAUUUGAUGACAGCUAUCCUACAAAAAGUGAUUCUCACAAAACUUCAAGAAACACUUCCUCAGUUUCAUCGAGAGAUGAUCUGUUGUCAAGUAGAGGUUCACAUCGGCAUGAAGAAUGGCAUACUGAUUUACUUGGAUGCUGUUCAGAACCAUCUCUGUGUUUAAAGACAUUAUUCUAUCCUUGUGGUACGUUCGCGAAGAUUGCUACUGUGGCAACUAACCGGCAAAUGUCCUCAGCAGAAGCAUGUAAUGAAUUGAUGGCAUAUUCAUUGAUAUUGUCGUGUUGCUGUUAUACUUGUUGCAUUAGAAGGAAGCUUCGCAAAACGUUGAAUAUCACGGGAGGGUUUAUUGAUGAUUUCCUCUCGCAUUUGAUGUGUUGUUGCUGUGCCCUUGUACAAGAAUGGCGAGAAGUGGAGAUUCGUGGGGUUUAUGGUCCUGAGAAGACAAAAACGAGCCCGCCACCGUCACAGUUCAUGGAAUCUUAA